CGUGGUGCCUGGAGUGGGAGGUGGGGAGAAACGGCGAGACUUUUGUGGGUGCUCGGGAUCGCCAGUAGUUCCUUCAGUCUCAGCCGCCAACUCCGGAGGCGCGGUGCUCGGCCCGGGAGCGCGAGCGCGAGGAGCGGAGACCCGCAGCCGGGAGCCCGAGCGCGGGCGAUGCAGGCGCCGCGAGCGGCACCUGCGGCUCCUCUAAGCUACGACCGUCGUCUCCGCGGCAGCAUCGCGGCAACUUUUUGCGGAUUGUUCUUGCUUCCAGGCUUUGCGCUGCAAAUCCAGUGCUACCAGUGUGAAGAAUUCCAGCUGAACAACGACUGCUCCUCCCCCGAGUUCAUCGUGAAUUGCACGGUGAACGUUCAAGACAUGUGUCAGAAAGAAGUGAUGGAGCAAAGUGCCGGGAUCAUGUACCGCAAGUCCUGUGCAUCAUCAGCGGCCUGUCUCAUCGCCUCUGCCGGGUACCAGUCCUUCUGCUCCCCAGGGAAACUGAACUCAGUUUGCAUCAGCUGCUGCAACACCCCUCUUUGCAACGGGCCAAGGCCCAAGAAAAGGGGAAGUUCUGCCUCAGCCCUCAGGCCAGGGCUCCCCACCACCAUCCUGCUCCUCAAAUUAGCCCUCUUCUUGGCACACUGCUGAAGCUGAAGGAGAUGCCACCCCCUCCUGCAUCGUUCUCCACCCCCCCACCUCCCUGAGUUUCUUCUGGGUGUCCUUUAAUUCUGGGUAAGGGUAGGGAGCGGGAGUCCGUGUUCUUUUUUGUUCCUGUGCAAAUAAUGAAAGAGCUCGGUGUAAAGCAUUCUGAAUACAUUCAGUCUGACUGAUUUUCAGUAUGUACUUGAAGAAAGGAGGUGGAGUGAAAGUUCACCCCCAUGUCUGUGUAACCAGAGUCAAGGCCAGGCUGGCAGAGUCAGUCCUUAGAAGUCACUGAGGUGGGCAUCUGCCUUUUGCAAAGCCUCCAGUGUCCAUUCCAUCCCUGAUGGGGGCAUAGUUUAUUUUGAGACUGCAGAGUGAGAGUGACGUUUUCUUGAGGCUGGAGGGCCAGUUCCCACUCCAGGCUCCGUCGCUUGACAUUCAAACUUCAUGCUCCUGAAAACCAUUCUCUGCAGCAGAAUUGGCUGGUUUUGUGCCUGAGUUGGGCUCAAGUGACUCGAGACUCAAUGGCUGGGACUUAGACUGGGGCUCGGCCUCGCUCUGAAAAGUGCUUAAGAAAACCUUGUUAGUUCUCCUUGCAGAGGACUGGCGCCGGGACGCGAAGAGCAGCGGGCGCUGCACAAAGCGGGCGCUGUCGGUGGUGGAGUGCGCGUGGGCGCGCAGGCGCUUCUCGUGGUUGGCGUGCUGCAGCGACAGGCGGCAGCACAGCACCUGCACGAACACCCGCCGAAACUGCUGCGAGGACACCGUGUACAGGAGCGGGUUGAUGACCGAGCUGAGGUAGAAGAACGUCUCGGAGAAGGGGAGGAGGAUCAUGUACGCCCGGAAGUAGGACCUCGUCCAGUCGUGCUUGGGUUUGGCCGCAGCCAUGAUCCUCCGAAUCUGGUUGGGCAUCCAGCAUACGGCCAAUGUCACCACAAUCAGCCCUGGGCAGACACGAGCAGGAGGGAGAGACAGAAAAGAGAAAAACACAGCAUGAGAAUACAGUAAACAAAUAAAUAAAACCAUAAAAUAUUUAGCCCCUCUGUUCUGUGCUUACUGGCCAGGAAAUGGUACCAAUUUUUCAGUGUUGAACUGGACAGCUUCUUUUGCCACAAGCAAGAGAGAAUUUAACACUGUUUCAAACCCGGGGGAGUGGGCUGUGUUAAAGACCAUUAAAUGCUUUAGACAGUGUA